GGAUGCGCGUCCGCUGAGCAUCCGAGAUGGCCACGCGGAUCGGACUCCUCUGGCUGCUGGGCCUGGUUCUGUGCGCUCUGGGCGUCGGCCACGGCCCGCGUCCCCCGUAUGUCUUUCCCCAGCGUCGCCUGGGAGUACACGAGCGCCGAAACAUGCAGCGAGAGAUCCUGGCGGUGCUCGGGCUGCCUGAGCCGCCCCGACCCCGUGUGCCACCCGCUGCCUCCCCGCAGCCAGCGUCCGCGCCGCAAUUCAUGCUGGACCUGUACCACGCCAUGGCCAAUGACGACGACAGUGGAUCCCUGCAUUCUCACCUGGGGCGCUCCGACUUGGUCAUGAGCUUCGUCAAUAUGGGUGAGUGCGAGGAGGGUCCGGGUGGCCUCAGUCUCCACAUGGAGAGCUCAUGUCCUGGCCUGGCCGGUCUGCUGGGACAACAAGCACCACAAUCCAGACAGCCUUUCCUGGUCACCUUCUUCAGGGCCAGCCCGAGUCCUGUGCGGGUCCCUCGGUCAGUGAGGCCACUGAAGAGGAGGCAGCCAAAGAAAACGAACGAGCUUCCACAUCCCAACAAACUCCCGGGGAUCUUUGAUGGUCAUGGCGCCCAAGGCAAAGAUGUUUGCCGCAGGCACGAGCUCUACGUCAGCUUCCGGGACCUUGGCUGGCUGGACUCCGUCAUUGCCCCCAAAGGCUACUCAGCCUAUUACUGUGCUGGAGAGUGCAACUACCCAUUUACUUCCUGCAUGAACUCUACCAAUCAUGCCACCUUGCAGGCCCUGGUGCACCUGAUGAAGCCAGACAUCGUCCCCAAGGUGUGCUGCGUGCCCACCGAGCUGAGUGCCAUUUCUGUGCUCUACUAUGACAAAAGCAACAACGUCAUCCUGCGCAAGCACCGCAACAUGGUGGUCCAGGCCUGCGGCUGCCACUGAGUUAGCAGCCUGCUGCCAUUGGCCCAUUAUCUGGUCAGCCCCUCUGACCGGGAAACGAAGAGACCCUGUCAGAUCCAAGGCCAAGGUGGAAAGGUCGGGUUUCCAACUCUUAUGUCCAUGUUCUGCCUUUGUCACAGGCUUGGCCCUCUCCUGGCCCCUCUGUUCCCUUCCUCUGCCCAAGGGUGGGAAGAUGGUCCUGGUUACAACCCUGGUGACCUAUGUCCCCAAGCA